CAAACUACAGUCGAGCAAUGUCAACACAUGAUCUUAAGUUACAGCAGUCACCUCGUCAACGUGAAGAGAAAGCAAGCGUGGCUUGUGUCGUCUCAAAUCAGGACAGAUAUUACACGCGCACCAACAAAGCACAUUUUCAGAAUGUAAGCAAGCAUGAGAAGUUACUUCCUGCACCAUCGGCCCAACGCAUCCACAAUAAAAAGGAAUCUGAAUCCAAAACUACUGCCAACACUGUGUCACAGCAUUUAACAGGCCAGCAAACAAGUAGCAAAGAUUUGCAGAUCAAGAAGAUCAUACUACUCAAGCCUGACAAAGACUCCAGCAAGAUAUCUGAAGAUCAAAGGGAAUCUGUGAGAAUCACGACUGUUAUCUCUCUAAGUUGUCCUCCCAAAAGAAAUAAAAAAGACAUUGGAGAGGACAUAGAAGAAACACGGCAGAAUGAUACUGACAUUGACACACAUGAAACGGCAAGAAAAACAGCUUAUCAACACUACACAGAGCUAAAGGACAAUUUUUCAAAAGCAGAGACCUGUAGUGAAUUAUUCCAGGACGGGGAUGGGCCAAAAGCACCUUUUGAUGAAGACAGCUUUUCCACUUGGCAAAGUCAACAUGGAUAUACCACAACUAAACAGGGACGAGACACAGGAAUACUGCACAACAUAGGGCUUUGUGAACAAACAAUAAAAGCCCACGACUCACAAAGACACUGUACUCAAUCUGUUUGUAUGAUACAAACAGAAGUCAGCAAGGGAACAAAUCCAAAAAAGGACUGUAGAGAACAUGUUUCAACAACUUCACAGAACCACAGUAAUCUGACCUCACCUGGAAAGGACAGUGGUCUAAAAACAAGCACUGAGGUCUUUGCAUGUUUAUCAUUAGCCUCUUUUCACACAACUCUUUCUGAAAGCACCUCUGUGCCAGAACAAAAUCUUCUCAAUCCUUCCUCAACUAUGUUAGCAUCUGCCAUGGUCUCAGUUCUUGCAUCACCUUGGAGUGGCCGUGUAGGAAGACCUAAACAAGGUGGCAAUGAGGUAGAGCACGAACCCCAGGAUUGCAGACAAAACGCCAACCAAGAACGCCGACAACAGUUGUUCAUUGCCUCCCAGAGACAACAAGCUGAACGUAUGUUGCAAGAGUCCAAUGACAAUGAGAGGCAAUUGCCUGCUAGAACCAGUCACAUUUCUCCAGAAUGGCAAAAAGAGAACAGUUCCCCAAAUAUCACAACUACAGUUCAGUCAAAAAGAGCCGUUAUGAAAUCUUCCUCUACGGACACAUAUAGAGCCACAAUGUACAACAGUGCAGAUCUACACCGUGUUUCCACACAUCUGGACAGUGGUCAGGUACCCAAGUCACCCCAUUCUGAGGAAUAUGGAGAAUACAGAAUGUCAAAAACUAAAGCUCAAAAUGAGCCUUUCAAAUCAUUGAGCUCCAUGCCAACAACAAGCAGCCUACUUCUCUCAUUGAGGAGGGCAAAUUUGAGAAGGCUUCAUGCUGAGACAACACAGAUGGAGACUCCGAUAACUACGCAUGUCAGGUCCCUUACAUUGCCAAGUAGAUGUAUAGGGAAGAACGCUCAAUCGUAUUCCUCUUCUUCUACUCCUGAUGACCAAGUUGGGGAUACAAUAGUGUCAUACUCAUUUCUGGACACUGCUUCAAAAACAGAGGAAAUAUCAGACACAAGUCCUUUUCCUUUCUCUUCCAGAGGUAAGAGAGUAGUGACAAGGACACCACUGUUUCAAAACAAAACAGAGACAGAGAUUUCAAAGAACCCAGAGACUUUCAUCACUAAAACUGUGGAGCAGCAAUUUCCCAACAUCAAAACCAAAUCUAGCCCACUUGAGAUCCUCAAACCUCAGCCUUAUUCUUAUUCCUCAAUUCCUUUGAAGAAGUAUUCCAGUACUGAGGGUGGAGAUCAAGUGGAUCUAAGUAUUGCUUACAGUACAAACCAGCAAAACAAUAUUAACAAUAAUCAGGACACAUCCCAAAUUUCUAAAACAAAUUCAAAUAUGGAUGUUUCACAAACUGGCUUUAAUGGUAGAGACUUAAAAUCACAAAGCAAACAAAAUAUACCACGCAGCAACUCUAUGAGUACAAGAACCUUCACAGACAAUCUUAACUUCUCACCCAGGAAAGGAAACUUUUCUGUUGAUGGAAUUAACACAAAAAAUGGAGGGCAUAUCAUUUUGGACUCGGAGAAUAAAUCUUCUCCGUCAAGUCAAAGCCCGAUGGAUCUGUCAAGUCCUCUUUCUCCAAGAAGGCCUUUGAGAGACUUCCGUGUUCCGAGCAUCUAUUCAUACCUACGAGAGUCCAGCCCAGCUGUAUCCUCCCCUAGUUCCCCUUUUACUCCUUUCUCCCACAUACAGAGAGCUGAAAGUUCUUCCUCUCCUAUGCAAGGUGGAGGCGAAAUACUGCAGAGUGACAGAAAACCCCCUCCUUCAAGAUUUUCUUUUGACGUCAGCCCACUUGAGCCACCUGCACAAUCAUUAAAGAAAGGUUCCUCCAGUUCUCUUAUAGGCCCAGCUCAAUCUCUGCCUCCUGAUUUUGGAAGAAAAUCAGCACCCCGUCUUAGCACUUCUCCGUAUUCUACACUCAUCUCCUCCAGACAUGCACUCAACAGCACUUUACAGGGACUGCCCUCUCCACCUGAUCCCAAACCACAAGAUCAAUUUACAUUUGAUGAUGAUACUACAACCAUAUAUGUUUACCCCAUAAAAAAUACCCCAAAAGGGUCUGCCAAGUACAAAAGCAUACUAAAGAAACCAAAGGAACAGCUAGGUUCUCCUGACAGAGAACAGAAGACAAGCACAGUAAACACUACUCAGGCUUAUUCAGAAGCUCUAGAUAAUGAGAGACCUGCCCAGCCAUACCUUUCACAAACUUUACCAAAUGCAAGUUUUGUCAUGGAAAGCCAAAGUGCAAAUAUAACCACACACCCAAGACAGCAAAACACAUGUCUUCUUGAGGAACAUAAUGGCUCAAUGACGGUUCAGCUUAAUAAGGAUAACUCUUACCCUAAGCAAACACUAAGUCCAAAAGAGAAUGCGGUAACAGCAGAAAUUGCAAAAGAUUUGCACGUGCAUGAGAGAUUGCAGGAAAUUCCUAAUUCAAAGAAAGGUCUCUUUGCAUUACGCUCUAAGAAAGACAGCGUCUUCACUUCGGACUCUGUGGCAGACAAAGAUGUUGUUACUACUCAGUAUUUUAAAACCAAACGAAAUUUACCAGUAUUUAAAACAGGCAGCAGGAUUGAGCAGAUGUUAAAUCGAUUGAAGCAGACAUUUAGUGGCAAACGCUCAGACAACACUGUUGACCCAAAAAUUGGUAAUACUGUGACUCAGACAUCCUUACACACUGAGACUUUUGAAAGAGAUAAGAAAGAGGAGAGAAGAUCUUCUGAGAGCCAAUGGAAACCUUCUCCAAUUAAUGAGAAAGCAUUGAAAUCAUUGUCAACAUCAGCAUUAAUGAAAACUGAGAAUACACUGAAUACAAAAGUGCUACCAAGGGUUCAAGAUGAAAAGAAGCAUUUUGGGGGCCAGUGGGAGGUCAACCACCCAAACACAUUGGGGACCACUGAUAAAGCACCUUUAUCUUCUUCUGAGGCAUUGUCACCAUUAACAUUUAGGAUAAUAGAGAAAACACUAGAUCUGGAUGGACAAAGCAGGAAUAACGGGGAAAAAACACAUUUUGGCAGCCAAUGGGAUGCCCAAAACUCAUCUCUGCCCGCUGACAAAGCAUCUUUACCUUCUUCAAAGUCAUUAUCACCAUUAACAUUUUGGAAAUCUGAGAAAAUACUAAAUUUGGAUGAACAAAGCAGGGUUAAGGGUGAUAAAAUGCGUUUUGGGAGCCAAAUGGAUGCCCCAAACUCACCUCUGAACAUUGAUAAAGCAUCUUUACCUUCUUCUGAGUCAUUAUCACCUUUUACAUUUAGAAAAACUGAGAAUACACUGAAUGUGCAGCGGCAAAAAGGGUGGAGUGAUGAAAAUGGAAAACAAUCUUACAGCAGCAAUCUGCACUGGCAAAAGUCCCAUUUAAGGAACCGCUCUGCCACGUUACCACAUUACAGAAGUUCCUCUAUUGGUCCCCCAUCACCUUUUAAUUUGUUUGACGAUGACCCCGAAGACGUUCAGAAUGACAGCGUGUUUUAUAGUCCAGUGAGCAAAAAAAGUAAUUCGCUUUGCGAUUCUGACAACCUUUUUCAACUGAGCACUGCCAAGAGUCCUGUACGUCAAAACCUCAAAAGAUCUCAGUUGUCCUCAUCCUGUGUUAAUCUAAAGUAUGGUCUGAGUAAUGGCAGAUCAUUCUCAGUCAGCAGUGUGGUGUCAAGCCGCCCUUCAGGUCCAGGACGAAUUUCAACAAGUAGCGUCAGUGACCUCUCAAGUUUAGAUUCAAGAUUCGACUCUCCGUUUAAUAUAAGCUUUUCCCCUACCCAUGGUUCCAAAUCUGUCACCAAUAAUCAGUCCCAACCUGGAGGUACAGACCUUCGGAAUCCAGAUGAACAGGAUAACUCUUCCUGCUUCUGGGAUGAUGCAGACCCAACUCCACCUCCCUCACCACCUUUCUCUUCUUCCCGUCGCAUAUCCCAGGCUUACCCAGUUUCCCCCAUCCGGACAACUCCAGAUAGUCCUUCUCCUCGUAGACUUUUAUCAUCAAGGAGCUAUUCAACCAGCUUGCCUGUUUGUGAGGAGUCUGGAUCUGAUACGUCUGAGGAUGAGUACUAUCUUGAUAAUGGUGGUGAUGAUGACUUGGAAACAGAACUUUAGUAGAAAGUAUUAUAUGUUGUAAUUGUUCAGUUUGAUUACUUGUGUUGCAGUAACACUGGAUAUUUAAAAUGUUAUUUUGUGUGCACAGGAUCUUUCAUGACAAAUUCAUGAAAGCCAAAACAAGCAAAUCGAAAUUCUGAAACCAUACAGUAAUUACAUUCAUGAAUCCAUGUCUAAUAAAAUAACAAUGGUAUAAUUGUGCAUCUGAAAACGAAAGUAUUUUCCUGUGUAAUACAUAAAUAUCACAAUUACGCCCUUUUUAAAUCUCCAGUGCUUGCGUAUAACAAAGUUUGAUUUAAUUAUGAAUGCAUUUACAAUGCAAUGCAAUGUUGUUUUAGCACGUCUUUUGAUAUCUUUUGUAUCGAGUCUUUCAAAUAGGGAAUGAUCACGUCAUUGCUUUUGUAGAGGGCUGUCUGUUGAAGGUCAUAGGGUAUUUCAACGUGUUGUAAUUGGAAAGCACAGCGUGCCAGUCACAACAUUACUCUUUCAGACAUUGUAUACUUAGCAGCUUCACAGUGGAAGUGAACCACGACACAAAAUCACCAAACAAUGUAUAAAAAUAUCUCUGUCUGUCUGUGUAUGUUGGUUAACUUGGCUAAACAAUCCAUAAAUAAUGUUUCGAAACAUGUUUUAGUGAUGUGAUUAGAGAGGGGGUCUAGUUAAUCUAUUGCACGCACACACACACGGAUAGUUAAGUAAGCAUAAAUGUGUGUUUUUUUUAAGGUUGUUUUUAAUGUACUAGCUACUGUCAUAUUUAUAUUAAAUAAUUGCACGUAAUACAUGAAAUAUGUAAUAUAUUACAAAAUAGAGAAAAUGUAUAUGUUUUAUUUGAAAU